ACAUUUCAUCUGUAAAUAUUUGUAUUUAUGUCCUUUGUGUCCCAUGUUACAUCAGACAAUUGGUGUCCUGACAGUCGCUUGGCAGUUAGUUGUGAAUGAGUUAAAAUGUAAAGUCACGACAGCAUUAUCACUGACACAUAUCCUUGACGUUUAGCACACAAAUCUAGGUAGCACAAUACCCCCCCCCAAAAAAAAAAAAAAAAAAAAAACAAUUAACAGACCACAACUUUUCCACUGUGUCAACAUUGCCCGCAUGUAUGUAUUGAACAGGGUCAGCCCUAAACAAGCGUCCUAACACCUACACCGCUUCCAGGGCCCUGACUCUGUGUAUGGACAGGGUCGGACAUGUCGGGGGAAUGGAGCGAUAAUGUUACCUGACCCAACAACGCAUGAAUAUCUUCGGAACAUGUAUAUCUAUUUAUGUCAAGGGUAUGGCGUCAGGCUAACAACAUGGCGCUCUUUAUAUUCAUGUUUCGGGAGGAAGGUAGAAAUGAGAGUGGAGGUCGUUUGAGGAGCACGAUUCGAUGUACUUGCGUGUAUGACUGAGAGUAUAUCGACCUUGCAGAGAACUUGUGGUGUAGAUUUACCAUUCAGAGCAAUGUUGGACCCCCACAGAUAUCGCCUCCUUGUGGCGACGUGGGCAGUCGUGGAGACGUCAUUGUUCGGGGGAGUCAUGUACGGAUGGCCAUCACUUGUCUACAUCAUCAAAGAGGAGGGACUAUAUUCCCACCUAUGUACACCAAAUAUCUCGCAAAACUCGCACACUGACCAGAAUAUGACUUAUGGCUCUACCUUGACAUAUAGCAUAGAAUCAACAUCCCCGUCAUACCUGCUAUUCACUAGCAAGACACACUUAAAGUACCCUCAAGUAACGUACGAACAGUAUAUGAAUCGGAGUUUAAAGACCUUCGCGGAUGAACACAAUUCAACUCAAGCAGCGGAAGGAUUCGCUACCGGAAGUGUGAAAUGUAAAGCCCAGGAUUCAGUGAUUGCUUUAGGGCAGACGAUUUCCGGUAGUGUGUCUUUCUUGGGAACACUACUCAUUGGUCAACUUCACAGACGGAUUGGAACCAAACGACUUCGAAUCGGAAUUUGGUUCCUCUUUGUCUUCGGCUGCCUCUGUGUGGCGUUCGUGACGAAUGCGACUCCUUGGUUGGUAUUCGUGGGGUACUGGACAGUCGGUCUAUCCGGACUGGGGCUUCUCAUCACCAAUAUACAGGUGUCGUAUCUGUUCUCCAAGACGAGCGGCACUGUGGCAUCCGUCAUCUGCGGCGGCUACGAUUUCGCCGGGUCCGUCAUGCUCUUCAUCAAAUUUGCCUACGAAACAGGAGCAUCCCUCAUGAUCACACAUCUUGUUCUGGCGGGAGUAAGUGUGAUGACUGUCAUCAGCGCCAUCUGUUGGAUGCCGUCGGGAAUGUUUGAAAAAAAUGACCAAGUAGCGCCACCUGACGACCAGGAUCAGGAACAAGAAAUGCAGCCAUUCAGGGUCGAAGACAGGGACAGUGACCAACACCAGCCUGAGGGAGACAAGCAGCUACAUCCGUCCAAAGAAGAUACCGCCGGGGAGCAGAUCCCGGGGGUGACAAAGUACCUGCUGUCCCCCCUGUACCUGUUCCACCUUCUGUGGUACAACAUCCUGCAGAUCAGGUUCAUCAACUUCACGUCCCUCCUCAACCCUUACCUCACCUACAUAACCCGAGGCAACACACAACAGGUCAGCCAUUUCACCAACGUCUUCCUGUACGCCACCAUGUUCGGUUACGUCACUUCCUGUCUGAGCGGCAUCGUGUACGACUUGCAGAGGGCCAAAUAUAAAGCCUCGACACCUUUGAGACGGUCCCUCCUGCCAGCGGUUGUACCUUUGAGUGCGGCAUCCUUCAUUGGCGUCCUCCUGUCUGUCCUCAUCCUCAUCCCUCACCUGGAAGUCCUGUACGCCAUCUUUGUCCUUACGACUGCAUACAGAUCGUUCCUGUACAGUGUGGCGGCGUCCUUCGUCAGCCAGGUGUUUCCAGCUGAACACUUCAGCAUCCUGUACACGGUGAUGGUCAUCUCUAGUGGCUUUCUCUCCUUCUUGCAGUACGCCCUGUAUUCCUGGUCGUACGCAUACGAAGGGGCGUACACACACAUGUGUAUCUUGAUGCUGUGUUUGGUGCAACUGUCGUUCCUGCAUCCCGUCUACAUCGUCGUCAAGUGUCGUCGAGAGACAAGCGUCACCGUCAACAAUAACGCCCUCAAAGAGAACCUCUAAUAUUUCGUCAUGUGAUCAUGUAAAUACAAUACUUGACCAUCUUCCAUAAUUAUGAAAUCAAAAAUGGGACAUUGCCACGUUUUCGCCCUUGCUAAAACAGGCAUAAAAUAUCAAAAUUAACCAAAGCGCGACAACGCUACAAAUGGUCAAAAUGGGCGUUGUCGCAUUAUCACGCUCUGGCUAAUUCUAAAACCUUUUAUUUGUUUUCUUAUGGGCAAAUACGCGACAAUGUCUCUUCUAGGAUUCCAAACAUGGCCCCAACAAAGGGAUAACUCUAUCAUCUGUUUUUUAAUUAACAUCAACAGGUGGCCUUUCACAAAAAAAACCACCUGCAUAGUCUGAUGGCGACUUUGAUUGACUGCAUUGCAUUCCACUUACAAUAUUAGGUUCAAUGUGUAAAUACGAUUCUUGAUUUAAAUACAAAUAUAUUUCGAAGGUAUUCUAUCUGUAUCAGGAAUAAAU